AUGGUAGAAACCAGACUUCAGGAGCGGUCGCUGACGGAGCAAGUCGACGAGAUCCCAUCCCUCCAUGACCUCUUAGCCGCUGAAUUCUUCGACAUUGAUGGCACACCGCAGGAACUCAAAGUUCGUUUGGCUGCUAUGCAUCUCAAAGGGAAAGCAACUCAGUGGCAUACCAACUACAUGACCACUAGGUUUGGCUUGUUCCCCUCUUGGACUAACUAUAUUAUCGCCAUCUCCGCUCGUUUCUGCGAGUUAUUUGACGACCCCCUUGCUGAGCUCGUCGCACUAAAACAAGGAUCUGACUCCGUGGUUGACUACCGCGAAAAGUUUGAGACAGCUUGGAUGCGCCUUGUCCUACCUGAAGCCCACGCCCUUAGCAUCUUCCUAGCCAACAUGAACCCUCACCUGUCACUUCACACACGACAGUUUGAGGUCACUACCAUCUCUGCUGCUCCUAAGAUCGCUGCGUUACACGAAUCCUCCCUUUCCCACGCCCCUACUAAACCACAAAGAGCCCUCUUCAAUCCUUCCCCUUACCAACGCUCCUCUAAACCACCCAGUUCCACACCCCUGUUACAAAACACUGAUACCUCAACGACUACCAAAACCGGUUUCAUUCCCCGCAACGCUUCAGAUAAACCUCCUCGCAAAUACUCUUACCAAGAGAUGCAAGACAGAAGAUCCAAAGGCCUUUGUAUGUUUUGCGAUGAAACUUUCACACCAGGUCAUCAGCUUAAGCACAUACGGUCCCAAAUCUUCGUCAUGGAGUGUGAGGAUGAUGAUAGCUCCUUAGAGAGUGAGCAAAACGAAGUUGUGGCAACCCCUGCACCAACUGAUGAACAACCUGAAGACACACCUGUCAUAUCUAUCAACGCCUUGGACGGUUCUACAUCCCACAACUGCAUGAGGGUGAUAGGUUAUUAUGGCAAAACAAAGCUCCACAUUCUGGUCGACCCGGGGAGCACUCACAACUUCGUUGACAUCAACAUUGCUAACCAUAUUAGUUGCAAGCUUGAGUCGACAAAACCUAUGUCUGUCAAAGCCGCUACAGGUGGAACUCUCAUCACUAAAUACAAGUGCUAUGCUUUCACAUGGUCGGUUCAAGGAUCCACCUUCACUACUGAGAUCAGAACGGUUCCUCUCGACUGCUGUGACUUUGUUUUGGGAGUUCAAUGGCUCUGCACCCUCGGGCCCAUUCUUUGGGAUUUCCUAAACUUAAGGAUGAAAUUCACCUUCUUGGGUACUAAGCACGUGCUACGUGGUGUUGUAAAGACAAGUGGCAAGGUCAUCAAAGCAACUGCAACAACAAACGUUGAUGACCCUGACUUGCUGUAUCUCCUUGAUUCCUUCUCAGACAUCUUCGAGGAACCAUCAUCCCUCCCACCUUUACGCGAAGGCUUUGAUCACCAAAUUCCUCUCCUUGCGGGUUCAAACCCUGUGAACUUGAGACCUUACCGGUACUCUUCCCUGCAAAAAUACAAUAUCGACGUGAUGAUCAAAGAUAUGAUGACUCAAUGGAUCAUUCAGCAUAGCUCUAGCCCCUACGCCUCUCCUAUCAUACUAGUCAAGAAGAAAGACGGUACCUGGAGACUUUGCGUGGACUACAGAGGCUUAAACAAGCAGACAAUAAAGGAUAAAUACCCUAUUCCUCUACUUGAAGAUCUCCUGGAUGAACUCGGUGGAGCUAAGUACUUCUCAAAGCUUAAUCUGCGAGCCGGCUUUCAUCAACUUCGAAUGUCUGAAGCAGACGUUUACAAAACAGCUUUCAAGACCCACAAUGGGCACUUUGAAUACCUUUUCAUGCCUUUCGGCUUGACAAAUGCUCCUUGCACAUUUCAAAUCCUAAUGAACCAUGUCUUUCAAAACGUCUCCCGCAAGUUUGUCCUAGUCUUCUUCGACGAUAUCCUCGUUUACAGAAAAACUUGGGAAGAACACCUGGAGCAUCUCACUGAAGUUUUCAUGCUCCUGAAGCAUCAGCAGCUGUACCUCAAGCUCUCCAAAUGCACUUUCGGCGCUACAAGGAUCGAAUACCUUGGCCACUUCAUCUCGGCAGAGGGCGUCAGUACUGACCCUAAAAAGAUCGAAGUGAUUAGUAAAUGGCCAGUCCUUACGACACAGAAGCAACUACGGAGUUUAUUGGGACUGACUUUCACGGUGGAAACAGAUGCUUCCAACACGGGUAUUGGUGCAGUUCUAAUGCAAAACUCCCACCCUAUCUGCUUCAUCAGUCGCUCUUUGGGUCCGAAACACCAGAACUUAUCAGUCUACGAGAAAGAACUGAUGGCUGUUGUCCAUGCGGUCCAGUAA